CCAGCAGCUACAGAGCAUGCAGAGAGAGGCACGGUGCUGCACCGACACAAAGGGAGCGAGAGGAGACUAGCAGUAUCCCAGCCUGUGUGAAAAUAACGCGCUUGCAUUUUUUGGGGGGGAGAGGAUAUUACAGACGCUUCGCAGCAUCACCAAACUGUAGCAUGAGUUCAGCAGCAUCUCUGGAUUAAUCGGACCUGCAGCCGACUUGCAGAGCGCAAGUUCGCUGGCACUUUUGUCGAGGAAGAAUCGCGCACAGGAGAGGGGGAGAAAAAACGACAACGAUGGAGAGGAGCAUCCCGGGAUGGUGCGUGCUGUUUGCGCUCGUCCUGCACGGAUCGGGCUGCAUGGCGGCCAAGGAGCUCCAGUGCCAGGAGAUCUCCGUGCCUCUGUGCAGAGGAAUCGGCUACAAUUACACCUACAUGCCCAACCAGUUCAACCACGACACGCAGGACGAGGCCGGCCUGGAGGUGCACCAGUUCUGGCCGCUGGUGGAGAUAAAGUGCUCGCCGGACUUGCGGUUCUUCCUCUGCAGCAUGUACACGCCGAUCUGCCUGGAGGACUACAAGAAGCCUCUGCCGCCGUGCAGGAGCGUGUGUGAGCGGGCCAAGGCUGGCUGCGCUCCGCUCAUGAGGCAGUACGGCUUCCCGUGGCCGGACAGGAUGAGGUGCGACCUGCUGCCCGAGCAGGGCAACCAGGACACCCUGUGCAUGGACUACAACCGGAGCCAGACCACCACCGCGUCCCCAGUGGUGGCGAAGCCGACCAACCGGCCCCUGAAGCCGUACAGGAAGAAGACCAGCUACGGUCGCGUCAUCCCGGGGAAACACAAUCCGGCAGCGUCCCAGUGUGAGCCGGGAUGCUUCUGCCGUGCGCCCAUGGUGCCGGUGACCAGCGACGGGCACCCGCUGCACAACCGCGUCAAGACGGGACAGAUCCUGAACUGCGCCGUGCCGUGCCACAACCCCUACUUCACCCAGGAAGAGAGGACUUUUACCGCCUUCUGGAUCGGCCUGUGGUCCGUCCUGUGUUUCAUCUCCACUUUCGCGACCGUGGCGACUUUUCUAAUCGACAUGGAGAGGUUUAAGUACCCGGAGCGCCCCAUCAUCUUCCUCUCCGCCUGCUACAUGUUUGUGUCCGUCGGGUACAUCGUCAGGCUGAUCGCCGGACACGAGGAGGUGGCCUGCAACCGGGAGAACGGCGCAGAGCACAUCCACUAUGAAACCACCGGCCCCGCGCUCUGCACCAUCGUCUUCCUGCUCAUCUACUUCUUCGGCAUGGCGAGCUCGAUCUGGUGGGUGAUUCUGUCCCUCACUUGGUUCCUCGCCGCAGGUAUGAAGUGGGGGAACGAGGCCAUCGCCAGUUACGCACAGUACUUCCACUUGGCCGCCUGGCUCAUCCCCAGCAUGAAAUCCAUAGCGGUGCUGGCUCUGAGCUCUGUGGACGGAGACUCUGUGGCCGGGAUCUGCUACGUGGGCAACCAGAAUUUGGAUAACCUGCGCGGGUUCGUGCUGGCACCGCUGGUUAUCUACCUGUUCAUCGGCACCAUGUUUCUGCUGGCCGGGUUCGUCUCGCUCUUCAGAAUCAGGAGUGUCAUUAAGCAAGGUGGCACUAAAACCGAUAAACUGGAGAGGCUGAUGAUCCGGAUAGGGGUCUUCACGGUCUUGUACACCGUCCCAGCCACUGUCAUAGUGGCGUGUUACUUUUACGAGCAGCACAACAGGCAGACGUGGGAAAUUACGCACAACUGCACGUGCUUGACGGACCCGAACAGGCAGAGGCCGGACUACGCUGUGUUCAUGCUCAAGUACUUUAUGUGCCUCCUGGUGGGGAUCACCUCAGGAGCCUGGAUCUGGUCCGGGAAAACCUUGGACUCCUGGAGGACUUUCUGCACGCGGUGCUGCUGGGGGAGUAAAGCCUCGGCGGGCUCCAUGUACAGUGACGUGAGCACCGGACUGACUUGGAGGUCCGGGACUGCCAGCUCCGUCUCCUGCCCCAAACAGAUGCCACUGUCCCGGGUAUGAACACAGAGGGAGGGAGGGGAUCUUAUGUCAUCUGACACUAAAGACUUUUAAAAAGAAACCAGCGCGUGUGAGCUCUUUUGCGGACAAAGACUGACUUUUAAAUGUUUUUAUAGGGUUUAAAAAUGAGUCAAGGUGAGUCACCAAACUGCCAAUUUUUUUUUUAAAGAUGAAGCCUUGCUCAUGAGCACUCCAACAAUGUGAACUUUAUUUGGAUUUGUGGUCAUUUUUCUGCUUCUAAAAAAAAAAAAAAAAAAAAAAA